UCGGGUUUGACAACUAGCAUGGCAAAUCGGCGUUAGCCUCAGGUCUUCAGGGGUUGCCGGGAAAUUUAUCCCACUAAAAAGUCGAUGUCGGACUGGUGGCACCACUUGACAGCCCCAUCCCAACACCAGACGUCGACCGUCUUAUUACCAUGGCAAGACAGCGUCGGAUCAUACUUUGCGGAGAUCUCGUCUGGGCCCACGACGAGGUCGAACAACUCUUCCAUGGCGUCGCAGUCGUUGUGAACAUGGACUCUCCGAAUCGUGCAGAUUUCCUUAUGGGGUUGAAACCAGGGGGCAAGUACGACGGCGCCGUAGGCAUCUACCGCCACAACGCUUCUGCGGAUCGCAUCGGCGUCUUUGACAAGGAAAUCAUUACUGCCCUCGCCGCGACAGGUACUGUCAAAUGGAUCGCACACAACGGUGCAGGCUACGAUCAGAUUGACAUCGAAGAAUGUGCCAAGAGAGGUUCGCACCCCUCCUUCACCCUUCCUUUCUUCCUUUCUCUUCAUUUGUAUACAACGACCCAUGCUUACUAUCCUCGCAUGUACAAAAUAGGCAUUUCAGUGUCAAACACGCCCGGAGCGGUGGAUGAUGCUACCGCAACAACCGCCCUCUACCUCCUCAUCUCCUGCCUUCGCCAUUUCUCCCUGGCAGAACGGUCCCUUCGUACAGGGACAUGGAAAACGCCGAUUUCUUCGGGCAGAACGCAUGACCUCACGAGUCGCACCCUCGGCAUCCUCGGCCUCGGCGGUAUCGGCCUCCGACUCGCAAACCUUGUGCAUGCAUUCCCGAUGCGCGUCGUCUAUUAUUCCCGGCACAGGGUUCGGAAUGCACCUGAGUGGUGCGAGUACGUCGGGAGCAUGGAAGCUCUACUCAAGCAGUCGGACGUCCUCAGCGUGCAUGUCCCGCUUCGUGCCGACACCAUUCACCUUGUCGGGGAGAAAGAGAUCAGGACUAUGAAAAGGGGAAGCGUCAUCAUCAACACCGCGCGUGGCAAAAUAAUUGACGAAGAGGCGCUCAUUCGAGCGCUGGAGGAUGGUCACAUAUCCUCCGUUGGACUCGACGUUUACCCAGACGAACCAAACGUUAAUCCGCGUUUACUCGCAUUCCCUCAGAACGCACUCCUGCCACAUAUGGGAACGGAAACACAGGACUCCCAGCGCGAAAUGGAGAUUCGCGCACUUUUGAAUCUGAGAGACUUCCUCCUGGAGGGACGCGGUAAAGAUCUGGUUCCCGAAAUGAGAAGAUGAAACAGGAGAAAAACUAUGGUGAACCACUGAUAAUUGGACACUGUUGCACUUGGUGCGAAGCAGCUACAUAUGCACAUGGUCAUAAAUACGUUAAGUGAUGCAUAUUGAAGACCUAAUACAUAUCAUCCAAGCAG